UUUUUCUGUGGUGUCGUGGUUUCAUGUCCUCUCCGAAUUAUUCCUUUGGAUUUUUUCAUUUACCGCCGGAGUUUUAUAAUUAAUUUAAGUUAAUGAAAAUUAUAUUUAUGUAUUUUAGUUAAUUCGUUUCGUUCCCGAAGUCGAUAUUUCCAAUGGCAGCGGUUCUUCUGAGGCACGCCUGCCGGACCAAUUAUAAAGUCAAGCUGUUCAAAUAUGUGAAUAAGAAUCAAAACUCAACACCAAUUAGACUGUAUAAUACCAAAGGUAGAAUAUGCUGUACCCAAGGAUUUUCACCUGUAACCAGUACAAAACAUUUAAGAAACCACAAUCAAUAUGUCCUUGAGAGCAGGUUGUUCCAUACUUCUCGGAUACUAUACGAAGAACAAGUUACGUUGAAAGUACCACCGUUCGCUGAUUCUGUCUCAGAAGGAGAUGUCAGGUGGGAGAAAAACGUCGGCGAUGCGGUUUCCGUUGAUGAAGUUGUGUGCGAAAUAGAAACUGAUAAGACCUCGAUGCCAGUUCCAUCAUCGAUCAGCGGAGUCAUUACAGAACGAUUCGCCGAAGACGGCGAGACCGUCAAAGCUGGUCAACAACUAUGUAUAGUAAAAGCCGUAGAAGGCGGAGCAGCUCCGGCGCCCAAAAAAGAGAAACCUGCCGAAGCGCCUUCAGCAGCCGCACCACCUCCACCUCCGCCGCCCCCACCUUCAGCUGCCGCAGCUGCACCGACACCAGCCGCAGCGGCGCCUCCACCCCCUCCACCGCCUCCCAAACCUGCCGCGUCAGCUCCUCCGGUAGCUGCGAUCAGGCACGCUCAAUCUUUAGAAUCAGCCACGGUCAAAGUGCCACCGCAGGAUUACUCGACCGAAAUCACCGGUACAAGGACAGAGCAACGAGUUAAAAUGAACCGUAUGCGGUUGCGUAUCGCCGAAAGACUAAAAGAUGCUCAAAAUACGUGCGCCAUGUUGACGACAUUCAACGAGAUCGACAUGAGCAAUAUUAUGGCGUUUAGAAAAGCAAACUUGGACGCUUUUACGAAAAAACACGGUCUAAAGCUCGGCUUUAUGUCGGCUUUCUUGAAAGCUUCGGCUUAUGCGCUGCAAGAGCAGCCUGUCGUGAAUGCUGUCAUUGAUGGCAAUGAAAUCGUGUACAGGGAUUACGUUGAUAUUUCGGUAGCUGUAGCUACGCCCAAAGGUUUAGUCGUACCAGUGGUUCGCAACGUGGAAGGCAUGACGUACGCGGAUAUCGAAAAGGCUAUCGCGGCGUUGGGCGAAAAAGCUCGUCACAACGCUUUGGCCGUCGAAGACAUGGACGGAGGCACGUUCACGGUCAGCAACGGAGGCGUUUUCGGAUCGCUGAUGGGUACUCCUAUAAUCAACCCUCCUCAAUCCGCUAUUCUAGGAAUGCACGCCAUCGUAGAGAGACCUAUCGCCUUGAAUGGACAGGUUGUUAUCAGACCAAUGAUGUACGUCGCAUUAACCUACGAUCAUCGAUUAAUCGAUGGCAGAGAAGCAGUAUUAUUUUUACGUAAAAUAAAAGCCGCCGUAGAAAAUCCAGCCGUCAUCGUAGCCGGACUAUAGUUUUUAAAAGAGUAAGAAAUAUUUAAAAAAAGAUGAAUAAAUUUUUGAAAACACUACGUACCUUAUGAUUGUAUGGUUUUGUUUUAAAAGUUUUAAAAAUAGUAUUGCACAUUUUUUCGUUCGUUCGUUCGUUCUUCAUCACUAUUUUUUUUUGUUUUUCCUCCUUCUCUGUUUCAUGUUAAUUUAAUGAUGGUAAAAUAUGUACCUAAUUAAAUAAAUUGUGUAUUAAUCAUGGAUUUUAAUAAUACUGUUUCGAACAAAAAAAUUCGUCAAAAUGGUAAUUAUUUAAAAGUACUACUAAUUACAACUACGUACUGCUGUGAUACGAGAUUUUUUAAGGUUUAUUUAUUUUCUUUGCGUUUUAGGCAGAAAACGUCGUCGCCUAGUGUGUACAUUCUGAAAUAAUUGAAAUAUAACUUAUUGCUUUC